AUGGCGCUGGAAGCGCCUACCACUGGAGCUACCCAGUCUACACAGCUCCAUGAAGAUAAGCAGCGUUCGUACCCAUCUUCAUUGAGCCCGGUCGGAGCUCUAGAAAAGUUCUUCUACGAAGAGACAACUCCCAGCAUCGGGCGGGAAUAUCCGAGUCUGAAUAUUGUUGACGACUUGCUCAACGCUAACAAUGCUGACGACCUUAUUCGUGACCUUGCUAUUACCAUUUCGCAGAGGGGUGUAGUCUUCUUUCGUUCUCAGGAUAACCUGACAAACGAUCUUCAGAAGCAACUAGUUCACCGGCUAGGUCAACUCACAGGGAAACCGAGUGAUUCAACAUUGCAUAUACACCCGAUCUUGAACGGCACAUCUGAGUUCGGAGUGGGCGAUGAUCAAAUUAGCACUAUCAGCUCGCUACAACGGAAGAAGCUCCAAAGAGACAUGCGUAAAUCGAAAAGUAAGAGGUAUGAUUCCGCACAGUGGCAUUCAGAUAUUCAAUUUGAACCUGUCCCUGCCGAUUAUACGUCUCUUCGUCUGACGGAGCUUCCAACUACGGGGGGUGACACACUUUGGGCGUCGGGAUAUGAUAUAUAUGACCUAUUUUCGAAGCCGUAUCAAAAGUUCUUCGAGGGCUUGACAGCUACGUUUAUUGGGGAAGGGUUCCUGGCUGCCGCCGCAGCUAAUCCCGAAAAGGUCAAAUUACACGGGGGACCAAGGGGAAAUGAUGCCAAUGUUGGAAGAGAACUGAAAGCGGUCCAUCCUGUAGUUAGGACUAACCCAGUUACUGGGUGGAAAAGUAUCUUUGCAGUCGGGCCGUUUCCAAGGUAUAUUAACGAAUUGUCAGACCAGGAAUCCUCGGAGCUUCUCGAAAAGUUUGGUCGAACAAUUCUCGAGAAUCAUGAAUUGCAAGUUCGAUUUAAAUGGAGGAAUAAGAACGACCUAGCAAUCUGGGAUAACCGAAGUGCUUUUCAUACUGCUACUUUUGACUACGAUGGUCUUGGAGAGAGAUUCGGAAACCGAGCGGUCGGGAUAGGCGAGGUGCCGUAUUUUGAUCCGAAUAGUAAAUCCAAGGCCGAGGCAUUGUCAGGUAGGAAAAGCAAUGGUGUGAAUAGUACGAAUGAAUAA